GGGGCAACUGUCCACAACUAGGUUGACACUCCGCAACGGAGCUUGCUGAACGAAGGGACGACAUGGGGUCGAUUAAUCAAGACAAUUUCUCUGGAAGAAACGCUCAGACUGAGAUUUCUUGAUGUCCCUGUUGUUUGGAUCGCCCUAAACAAGCAGGCCUAUCGAGCAGCAGGAGCGGAGAGGCUUCGUACCUUGAUUCUCGGCUCCGGUCAUGCGUUAACGUUGAGGAUCAUCAACCCAUUUUGCUAUGGCCUUCUUUACGUUACGGACUAAACAUCGAGGUGGAGGCCAGGAUCGUGAUAUCCUUGAGACUAUCUGGCAUCCAUUUCCCGUUCUCAGGAUUUCUCGACCAGAGACAAUGUAUCAAUCGGGUGUAACUCUUUCCGUGCCAUAUCGAAGUCGCGUCGCCACGACAGCAAUUGACCAAUAAGUUGUGGUGCGUCGCAGUCCUUGGGACCUUCGUCGCGUCGAUGUUCCAGCCCUGCCUGCCGUUCCCUGAGUUAUUGCUCUCUACCAAUUUUCUUCCACGCUUUCAUUAGCGUGUC